GUGGUGGUGGUGGUGGUGGGAGGAGUCCGAGGAAGAGGGCCUGAUCGUUUCGUGGGGACUUGCUAAACCGUAAUGGGUGCCGGAGUGGCAUGUGGAAGGUGUUAUUAGGGGUUGGCUGUUUGCAUUUUGGCGGCGGCGGCGGUUGCAUAACGUCUCUCACUUUGAUGAUACCCAGUACAACUGGCAUGGUUGCAUGGUUGCAUGGCCACAUAGCUGGAUGGCACAUUAAGGAGUUGCUUACGGAAUGUCAAGUGCAUAUGGCGUUCUUAACGAUCAUGAGGAUGGCACAUACUGGAGGGGUUGUUUGAGUUGUAGAGGUAUCAAAGAAUGUUGAUAGGUAUUGUAAUA